AUGAAUACUUAUACAGACAUUUAUUACUAUAAAAACAGUUUAACGGGUUUUAUUUAUACGUUCCGGCCCUUUAAGAGCAUKUAUUAUGCAGAUGAGUUUGACUCUACAUGUUCARCCUGUUUGYCGUUUAAAACAUCUCUCCUCUGCAGCGACGGCAGAACGGUGGCCAUCAAAAAGGUCCUAACCAAAUCCUUCUCUCUGUCCAAAACCGUCAGACAGGAAGUCAAACAAGUCCGGGAGCUCGAUCAUCCUAACCUGUGUAAGUUCAUCGGCGGAUGCAUCGACGUGCCGAACGUUGCCAUAGUGACAGAGUACUGCCCAAAGGGAAGUCUCCAYGACGUCCUCCUGAACGAGGACAUCCCCCUGAACUGGGGCUUCAGGUUUUCCUUCGCCACAGACAUCGCCAGAGGAAUGUCGUACCUCCACCAGCACAAGAUGUGUCAUGGCCGACUCAAGUCCCUGAACUGUGUGUUAGACGACCGCUGGGUGUGCAAGAUAACAGGUCAGCAGCGCCGCAGCUACCGUCACCGUCAGGUGGUUCUGUUCCAUCCGGGUCUGACUUCGCUGAUCGCUCACAUCAGGGUGGGAACCAUGCAGGCGGCGCUGGAGGCGAAGAGCACCGUCCUGCCGGCUGUAGUGUGUGGAGAUCAAACCUGUGAGGACGGAGAGGACUGCUCCACCUGUCCGGCCGACUGCGGCGGAUGUCCCAUGAGUCCCGGCACCAAGGCGGCCAUCGGCCUGCCGCUCAGCCUGCUCUGCCUCUCCUUCAUCCUGACGGCCGUGUACUCCAUCAUUCUUCUGGAAAUAGCGACUCGCAGCGACCCAGUCCCACCUGAAGAGUCGAACCUGGAGAGCGCCUGGUGUCCGCCGCUACCUGAGCUGAUCUCCAGUAAAGCUGACAACACCUGUCCCUGUCCUGCCGACUAUGCCGAGCUGAUCCGUCGCUGUCGCUCCCACAACCCGGUCCACCGACCCACUUUUGAUCAAGUCAAGAAGUUUGUUCACCGGAUCAACCCGAUCAAAGUCAGCCCAGUGGACAUGAUGAUGAACCUGAUGGAGAAAUACAGCAAACACCUGGAGGUCCUGGUGGCCGAGAGGACUCAGGACCUGACGCUGGAGAAACAGAAAACCGACCGGCUGCUGUACAGUAUGCUUCCCAAGCAGGUAGCUGAUGAUCUGCGUCAGGGGAAACCAUUGCAGGCUCAGAGCUACGUCAGCGCCACCGUCUUCUUCAGGUAUCAUUUUUCCUUAAACUCCUGCAGAUCAGCAGCUGAACUUCCAUCAGAGUUUUUCAUGCACAUUUCAAAGUGUCGCGUUGGGGAACUUAUUCAGCAAACGUGUUUGAAAAUACAGCAGACAGUCUCAUUGCCUGGUGGGUCUGUGCCUUACCAGAGGCACGACACUCUGAAAAAUGUCAAMGUCUGGUCAGAACCGGGUCAGAGGCUGCAGCCAAUGCUCUGCUGCUCCCUGUGUUUUGGCGCCCCCUGUGCAGACAUGGUGGUGUCCGGCGUCCCCCAGGAGAACGGGAUCCUGCACGCCUCAGAGAUCGCCAGCAUGGCUCUGGAUCUGGUCGGCGUCUGUCGCACCUUCAGGAUUCCCCACAAACCCGGCAUGCAGCUGCAGAUUCGGGCGGGGAUUCACUCCGGUCCGGUGGUGGCCGGAGUCGUGGGGACCAAGAUGCCUCGGUACUGUCUGUUCGGAGACACGGUCAACACGUCGUCCAGGAUGGAGUCCACCAGCCUGGCCCUGAAGAUCCAGUGCAGCUCCAGCGCCUUCUACCUGCUGGAGGAGAUCGGCGGCUACGUGUUGGAGUGCAGAGGAACGCUGCAGGUCAAGGGSAAAGGAGACAUGGUGACGUACUGGCUGGAGGGGAAGAAGACGACUGGGCCGGACAGCAGGCCGGCCAAACCCAACACGGAACCAGAGAAGGAUCCGUUCCCGGUGCCGGGGUUCGUCAGCGACGAUCUGCUCCUGGAUCCGGUUUGAUCCAGAACUUCACCGCAGACGAUCCGAGUUUUUACAUCUACAGCUUCGGUUCUAGAUCAGUGGGAAAGUCUAGAAUUUACUUUAGUUAUUAGGUUAAUUUGGCUGUUUAUUAGGACAGAGUGUGAUGGCCAGGAUAGAAAAUAAAUAAAAUAAAAUCAGAAUAAAGUGUAGCAGGAAGCUGAUGCGUUUAAAAAGGAGCAUAAAUAUCUUAGAUCUCUAAUAAACUAAACUAAAAACGUCAUUAGAGGCUCAAUGUUCCUCAUGUUAACGCAGCUGAGAGGCUCAUUUUCCAUGUCAAGGUUUUCAGAUUUAAAUCUAUUUAUUAUUGUCCAAUUCUGGCUUUUUUCUCAUAACAUUUUAUUCUCUGAAUAUUUUGACUUUAUUCUUGUAAUCAUAUCACUAUAUUCUUAUAAAUUAUUAUUUCUUAGCCUGGUCCUGAUACUCUCCUGUAGUUUAGUAAGAAUCAUCACUUUCCUCCUUUAGAAACAUAUUUAUUUAUUUAUUUAUUUAUUUAUUUAUUUAUUUAUUUAUUUAUUUAU